AUGGCGUGCGGGGCGGAGCAGCGUCCCUCGGGUGUGUUUGAGUGCCAGCUCUGCGCCCUGACGGCCCCGUACAGCUACGUGGGGCAGAAGCCCCCCGACACCCAGUCUGUCAUCCUCCUGGAGGAGAGCUACGUCAUGAAGGACCCCUUCAGCCCCGACAAGGACAGGUUCCUGGUCCUGGGCUCCAGGUGCAGUGUCUGCGGCCGGCUGGUGUGUGUGGGCCCGGACUGCAGUCUGUUCUACUCCAAGAGGUUCUGCCUCCCGUGUGUCCAGAAGAACAUCCAGGCCUUCCCCCAGGAGAUCCGGCAGGACCUGGAGAAGAGGAAAGUCCCAUCGAAGAGGCCGGCCGCCAGCCCAGCGCACAGGCCUGA